UGGUAACUUUCUUAGCCUAACCAGUCCGCACGACUGGUAUGUCGCAAGCACGACCUGGUCCACGAUCUCAGUCCCGCGCCGGCGCAAUCCUCUGCCCUCUGCCACGUCGCGGCUCCCGCUCGCCGGACGCGCCGCCGCUCGUCGGAUGCGAGGCCGAAUCAGACCUCUACCUCCGCACUCCAUUCCUGCACCGCACCCGCCUGGCCCGCGUCAUCAAGGAGCUCCGCCGCCUUGCGUUCUCGCCCACGAGCUCGCACGCGUCCUCUCGCCAGGUGCACUGCACCGGCACGCUCAGGCUCUCCCACUCCAAACCCCCCGGCGGCGCCCCUGCACGUCACCUCCACCUCUGCGCCCUUGAUCCACCUGGGAAACUGCCGCGAACAACUUCAGCGUCUGGCAGAGGAGUUUGGUCCAGAGCGCCAGAGCGGGCAAUGCAGCAUAUAAUCCAUCGAAUUAGACCCAUUUAUACCUAACUGGAACUUAACGGAGUAGUAGCAUGUAUAAAUUCUCCUUAAUUUCUACUACUAGUCGUGAAAGCUCAUGUUCUCCAGGUGUUGGAGAAGAUAAGGUCGUGAAAGAUCAUGUUCUCCAGGUGUUGGAGAAGAUAAACAGCGUACGAUGUACCGCAUGACAAUCCUUCAAGCCAUCUCAUUGCAGUCGCUCGUACAUCAGUCCUUGGCUGAGAAGACUUUUAAGCCCUGCCUCGUCGAGCUCAGCCUGGACACCGACGUGGAUGUGAGAUGCUACGCGCACCAGGCCCUCGAGGCCUGUGAUCAGAUCAUGGUCUCAAGCUAACUGUUAGCUGAUGAAACUGAAGAUCUGUUAGAUGAUUAUGCCAGUUUCACUCCGGACUUGGAUGCCUGUCCUUAUCAUGGGCGUCGCUCGCUGGCACCAUGAGAUGACAGAAGCUGCGGUUAGUGGCAUUGAGAUGUUCUCAGGGUUAUAACACUUGUGACUACAGAUUUAAUUAGGUUCAGAAACAUAAGAAGAAUAUGUAUGAUAAGUAGUUU